GUAUCGUUCUAUAAUAACUAUAAGUCAUGAAGAGUAGUUAUGUGAUUGACUUUUUGUCUUGAUUAUUUUAGUCAAUCUUAAUUAAUAAUUUAAAAAAAUCAUUGUAUUCGGUGAUUUUAUUUUGGUUAACAUAGCUUCCGUAUGGAUAUGCUAAAUAAUAAAUGAUACCAGGAAGAAUGAGUGUGUGAAAAUUAUAUCUGAGCAACAAAAUUCAAUGUUACAUUAUAUCUUUAAUUAUUGAGUAACUUUUUUAUAGAAAGGAUUUUAUUUUGUUAUAAAUGUCAUAAGUAUUCUCUAUUACUAUUCAUGUUAGAAUUUGUCCUUACAUUCAUUUAAUGUCAACUGACUUUUAAGAUACGAGGUCUAGGAUGGUAAACAGCUUAACCCUUAACUUAUUUAAAAGUGGUAUUAGUAUUUUGCCACAAAACAAAAUUACUCAACACUCAAUUUUGAAUUCAAUAUCUUCUGAAGUUUGAUUACAACAUAACUGUUUAAAUCAUGAACACACAAGAAGAAGUCUUGCGUAUCCAAAAAAAAUUAAAUAAAAUGUCAUGUAGUGAUGGACUGGGUCAUGAACAAGCUUUAGAGUUGUUAAAAAUUCUCCAAAGGUUGCCUAUAAAUUUGGAACUCCUUCAAAAAACUCGUAUUGGUAUGACAGUAAAUGCAUUUAGAAAAUCAAGCAAAGAUGAUGAAGUUAUUUCAUUGUCAAAACAUUUGAUAAAAAGUUGGAAAAAACUAUUAUCUGGUCCUAACAAAGAGUCUAGAGAAGCAAAUUCAUCCAACAGUAUAAAGAAAAAAGAUUUUAAAAAUGAAAAAAUUCAAGAUGAACAGGGAUAUAAAAAAGAUAAAGAUCUACCUGAUUCCAUAGACGUUAAAUUAAGAGAUGAUAAAGUAUCAAAGGAGACUCUUAAAAAACAGUCGUCAUUUCCUUCUGCAACUACAACUGAUGCAGUCAGGUUAAAGUGCAGAGAAUUACUUACUGCUGCUUUGAGAAUUGAUGAUACAACUAUUGUUGGUUGUGCAAGCUCUGAAGAAUUAGCUGAGGAACUGGAAGAGGCCAUAUUUGCAGAAUUUAAAAAUACUGACAACAAAUAUAAAAAUCGAGUACGUAGUAGAGUUGCUAAUUUGAGAGAUUCGAAAAAUCCUACUUUGAGAACUAACUUCAUUGUAGGUGCAAUAACCCCAGCUAGACUAGCUGUGAUGACAGCAGAGGAAAUGGCUAGUGAUGAAAUCAAACAAUUAAGGGAACAAUUCAAAAAAGAAGCUAUUAAUGAUGCUCAACUAGCUACGGUUCAAGGAACAAAAACAGAUUUAUUGAAAUGUGGUAAAUGUAAGAAACGAAACUGUACUUAUAAUCAAGUGCAAACACGAUCUGCUGAUGAACCCAUGACGACUUUUGUAUUGUGCAAUGAAUGCGGAAACCGAUGGAAAUUCUGUUAAAUUUUUCUUACAUUUAAACAGUUCGGUACAAUAAAUAUAUUGGUGAUAUUUGUAGAAAUGACUUUUUUGAUAAUAUCUAUCAAUCAUUUCAGUUAAUUCAGUCGAAACGAUAUGUACUUUAUUUAUUUCAAAAUUUAAUAUUAUUUGACUUUUCUUAAAUGAUAUUAGAUACUUCUAAAUAAAUUUGUAAUCAAAUCAAUAAA